AGUCUCAGUCCUCAGUCCAAAUUCGAACGCGAGUGUGCCGGGUAUAUAGAAAAAAAAGGAAAAAAAACGGCGCAAAACUCGGCAGCGAAAGCACAAUAUUCAUAAAAUUAUACAUACCAAAACCACAACGAGUGAUUUGCCAAACAUUCAACAAUUUUAAUACAUUUUUGUUGUUGUUGUUCUAUUCGCACGAACAAAAAAAAAGCUACGACGUGCGCUAAAAUUAGCGACCGGUGUAUUCAUAGGGUGUUUUGUAUGCUGUAUAUGAGACUCGUCCCGUCCCAGUCCCAAAACACACAUAGGCAACGCCCCCCCUUAGCGCCCGCAGACUACCUCUCUGUGGCAAACCAAUUGCUGAAUUAAAAACAUAUUUGGUGAAAUAGUAUUUGUUGCAAAUGAGAUGUGCAAAUGAUAUACAAAUAUUGUAAGCAUUAAACAAAAGUGCUUUCGUUGUUGGUGAAGUGAAGUGAAAAAAUCAAUUGAACACUAGAGUGGAAAAUAAAAUAAGGAUAAUCAGCAAAAAUGCCAGCUUCGAAUACGAUUGUGCUGAAGAGUUUGUCCAUAUUGCUGGGACUGUUCUUCAUAUUUGUGGGAACGCUCAAGCUGACGCCGCACAUCAGCAAGGAUCUGUACAAGGAUCUGCGAACGGAGUAUGUGAAAUAUGCCAAGGUAUUUCCGUUGACGGCUCUGUUUGGCGUUAAGAUACCCUCGAAAUGGUAUAGACGCACCGUGGGCAUUAUGGAGAUCGUUUGCGGACUGGCCAUGGCGUUAAUCCCCUAUCAUAAAAUCAAGAAUGUGGCGAAUGUGUUGCUGCUGAUGCUUAUGCUGCUGGGCAUCUAUCAGCACUGGAUGGUCAGUGAUCCCUUCGAGCGUUCUGGACCCGCGCUGGUGUUCACCUUUAUGCUGGGCGGUCGUCUGGUUGUCUGGUAUCAGACAAGUCGCAAGGAGGCCGCUGAUCUGGCGACGAUUAAUCUGCCACAAGCGAAUGGCCUCAAACAGGAGUAGAGCCUGGAACCUGCCUGCCACCCCCAGUACUGCGGUCAUCUAAUCCUCAAACUCAUAGACGCACUUGUAAACAGCUUUGUUUUAGCACAAUAACUGAUUAAUUGGCUCAGCAUCCAAAAUAAAAAACAAGGAAUCCUCAGAUACAAACAACAGCAACAAAUAUUAACGAAAUACUCAGAAAGAACUCUCAUUUCUAGUUAUAAAUUAAAUAAAAAUUA